AUGAGUGAAAAUUGUGAUUUACUUGAAACUUGUACGGAACAUGUAGUGCAUCGUCCACCAAGAUCACCUGGACCUGCAUUGGGACCAUACUUUCAGUUUAUCACAACAGAUUUGGAAAAUAUGCUAUGGAUUGGAAGUAUUUUAAUAUUUCGACAUGUUUCAUAUGAUCAACCGUCAAUCGAUUUUAAUUCAAAUGUUAAAGUUGAUUUAGAUUGGGAAUUUUUAUAUGAAGAUAUAUUCGAUAUGCGAGCUUAUCGAAUUAAUCUCAAUAUUGAUUUACCACAAGGUAAAGGUGAUGAAAAAAUUUGUUGGACAAUUGAUUGGGGUGAUUAUGUAACAAAUGGAAUGUUUCAUAUAGCUCAAUAUGAUCAAAAAUGGCGUGGUGCAUUUUUUUCUUGUAAUGGUUUCGAUGCUACUGUUUCAAAAGAAGUUGCAUCAGGUUUAACUUAUAAUUCUGUCUGGAAUCAUCUACUUUCUGUUCACGAAAAAACACCAUUUCAUCUUCUGGUUUGGGGAGGCGAUCAAAAUUACAAUGAUUUUGUUCUUGAAGAUAUUCCAUUUCUUCAAGAUUGGUCCCGUAUGGAAUGGGAACAAAAAUGGACAUGUGAAAUUCCAAAAGAAGCAAAACAAGAAAUUGAACAAUAUUAUUUUUAUAAUUAUACCGAACAUUGGGAAGGUCGACCAGAAAUGAAAAAAGCAUUAGGAUCGAUUCCAAGUAUUAUGAUGUGGGAUGAUCAUGAUAUUUUCGAUGGUGCUGGAUCUUAUCCACCAUUACUACACGAUAGUCCACUUAUGAUGGGAUUAUUUGAAAUAGCACAAAAAAUGCGACUUCUCUUUCAACAUCAUACUACACCAGAGAAAGCUCGACGACAUCGAUUUUUUGGCUAUCAAGGCUAUAAUUUUCUUGCUCGAUGUGGUCCAAAUUUAGCAUUUUUGGGUACUGAUGGUCGUUCUGAACGCGAUGAUAAGACAGUUACACAUGAAAAUACAUGGAAUUUGAUCUUCACAAACUUGGACAAUGAUCUAAACAAUGUUCAACAUUUGAUCGUUCUAACAGCUGUUCCAAUGUCAUUUGCACGUUUUAAAAUGGCUGAGUCAUUGCUUGAAAUAUUUAAAAAAUUGUCCAUGAAACGUCGAAAUAUUCCACUUAGUCAACAUAUGAAUUCAGUUUUUGGUUUACCUGAACUUUAUGAUGAUCUUCUUGAUGAAUGGACACAUGAAGCACAUUUGAAAGAAAGAAAUCGCGUUCUUUCUCAUCUUCAAGAAUUUGCAGCGAAGAAAAAAACAAGAGUAACAAUUUUUAGUGGCGAUGUUCAUUGUUGUGGUGUCGCACGAUUUCAAACUCGAAAAAAUACUCCACCACCUAUUCAUGAUUUCAAAUUGAUGUAUCAAAUAAUUUCAUCUGCCAUUGUCAACAGACCACCACCAAGAAUAGUUAUUCGUGCUGCUCAUUUUUUUGGUACUAAAUGGUAUCCAAUGACUAAUACUGAAGAAGCGUUGAUUGACUUUUUCGAUCAAGCACCAGAAUAUGAAGCAAAAUUAAUGCUAAGAAAAUUACUUCCAAAUCGAAAUUAG